AUGACUAGAUUUGAGGGCUUAUGCGUUUCUCAGUUUAGCGUCAUCUCGCUCCUUGUGAAGGAAAUACUUUACAUCAACGAAGUCGUUUUGGGAACCGUCUUUGGCAUUCUUAUUGGUCCGUACUGCGCCAAUGUAUUCGACCCUAGGUCAUGGGGCGGCGACACGGAGAGAAUUACGUUGGAAGUGACGCGCAUCGUCCUGGCCGUCGGUUUAUUUGCUAUCGGCGCAGAGCUACCUCGGUCAUACAUGGCAGAUCACGCAAAAGGACUACUCAUAAUGGUUGUCCCGACGAUGGCAUUUGGGUGGAUUGUUGUUGCAGCGUUCAUAUAUGCCUUAUUUCCUGGCUAUAGCUACAUCUCUGCACUAGUUGUAGCAGCGUGCCUUACUCCAACUGAUCCCAUCAUUAGUGCAGCUAUUGUUGGCGGUAAAUUUGCCCUUGAGCAUGUACCUAUUGAUUUGCGCCACAUAAUAUCAGCAGAGUCUGCUGCUAAUGACGGGCUGGCGUAUCCUUUUCUGAGUAUCUCCAUCUACCUUACUACCGAAAGCUCAAGCCGCGUAGCCGUGGGCAAAUGGUUUUUGAUCGGUUGGCUCUACGAAGUGAUACUGGGCACACUUCUUGGGGCCAUAUUAGGAUGGAUGUGCCGUCACCUCAUGAGAUUUUCUUAUCGCAAGGGCAUCGCUGACCGGAAGUCCUAUAUCGCGCAGUAUCUUGCGCUCACCUUUUUCACAAUUGGUGUCUGUUACACAAUCGGGAGUGAUGACCUGUUAGCAGCAUUUGCCGCAGGUACCGCAAUCAAUUGGGACGGAUACUUCAUCGCCCAAACUGAGGGUGAAGCGUUCUCGUCUGUUGUUGAUUUGCUACUCAACUGCGCCUGCUUCAUAUAUAUCGGAGCUUGGUUACCGUUUGACCAAUUCAAUCAACCUGACUUGGGAAUCACCCCGUGGCGUCUGAUCAUCUUGUUCCUAGUCAUUUUGGCUCUCCGCCGAAUUCCCUCUCUGUUGUUGCUGUAUAGAUGGGUCCCCGAAAUUUCAAACUGGCGUGAAGCUAUACUAUGCCGAGACAUUGAACCUGCACUGUACCUAGGGCCGAUGGGUGUCGGCGCUGUAUUUAUUUCCACGCUUGCCCUCACCAGACUACCUGAACCUCAGUUUCCGCCCCAAACCGAAGCAGAACUCCUCGCAGCAACUUUGCAGACAAUUGUAUCAUUUGUGGUCUUAGGAUCGAUUAUAAUUCACGGUCUUUCCAUACAUUUCUUCUCCCUUGGGAAGAAUGUCCGAUCACGCACCUUGACUAUGUCUAGGACCUUGACGUUAGGUGGCUCAGGCCCCGAGUGGUUAUCUGGAGUGCACCGCUUUACUAGGACAUCGGCCGGAAUCCAGAGAUCGAGCACGCCGUCUCUCACCGUUGCCGAACAGGGCUCAGUCGAAGAUGAAGCAAAGGAGACCGCUAAACCCCAUAUCCCACACAGUGUCAGCACCCAUUCAUUUAUGUCUGACCUUACCCGCAAGAACGAAGAUUGCCUCCGAGAUGGGGUGCCAUCGGACUACAAUGGCAAGAUCCGACCCAGCGGUCCUGGUGAAUUGCGAAAUCACUCACCGUAUCGUGUUAGCGAAUAG